CAGUAAAUAAUGUAUUGUUAUAAAUUUGUGCUCAAAGACCGUACGAUUUAUCCCUUUCCUUCUUUCUCCUCCAUAUCAGCUCUGUUUAGCUGCCCAGUGAGCAAUAUGAACGUGUCAUCAGAUGUUCUAUGUGAUGGAGUGUACCAUUGCGAUCAUUAUGAAGAUGAAUUGGCAUGCAAUUAUUCAACAACGUAUCUGCAAGCAGGAGAUUCACAUUCAAUCGACAUAUCACGCAACUACACCAGACGAUUUUACUAUGCAACCGUGCUACAGACAAAUGAUGCGAAUGGAUUUCGAAUCGUGUUCCAAUAUCUUUAUAUCAGAUCUACCAAUCAAGUCCGAAUUGGGAGAGGUACGGAUCCAUCUGAUUCACAGUCUGUCAUCACAAGUCUCUUUGGUACUAGAAGCUCUUCUGAUGAUGUCUAUGUAGAGACAAAUAAUAUGUGGAUUGCUGUCAUAGGAGGACCGACUUACACCAAUCUUGAGAUUAAAGCGGACAUCAUUGCUUUCAACCUUUCAACUCUGUUUAAUUGCCCAGUGAGCAAUAUGAAUGUGGUAUCAGACGUUCUAUGUGAUGGAGUGUACGAUUGCGAUCAUUAUGAAGACGAAUCGGCAUGCAAUUACUCUACGACGUAUCUGCAAUCGGGUGAAUCAUAUUCAUUUAUUAUACCGCGCAACUAUACCAUACGAUUUUACAACACAACCUUGGUACAAACAAAUGAUACGAAUGGAUUUCGAAUCGUGUUCCAAGAUUUCUUUCUCCAUCAUAGUCAUCGAAUCCAAAUAGGGGCAGGUACCGAUCCAUCUGAUCAACAAUCUGUCAUCACAGCCAUCGAUGGAUACAGGACCUGCUGCCCUGUUGAUGUCUAUGUAGAGACCAAUAAUAUGUGGAUUGCUGUCAUAGGAGGACCGACUUACACCAAUCUUGAGAUUAAAGCGGACAUCAUUGCUUUCAACCUUUCAAAAUCCUUUCAUUGUCCAGUAUCGAACAGAAAUAUAUCAGUAACCUUGGCAUGUGAUGGAUAUUAUGACUGCGAUUAUUUCGAGGAUGAAUUAUAUUGUGAUAACCCAGUUACACACCUCGAGGAAGGCCAAUCACAUUCUAUCAGCACGCCAUCUUUCACAAGAGAAUUGUAUAAUACAACCCUGUUGAAAGCAAAUACUACAAAUGGGUUUCGAAUUGCGCUUCAUCGUUUGUAUCUUAAUUCUUAUGAUGAUGAAAUCCGAAUAGGGACAGGGAACGAUCCAUCUGAUAUCCAGUCUAUUGUAACAACUAUCCAUGGAUAUGCAUACUACGAGGAUGAUAUAUACAUAGAUACCCAUAAAAUGUGGAUUGUUGUUAUAGGAUCGCAACAGUACGGCCAUUCGUCCUAUCUUGAUCUGGACAUUAGCAUUACUGCCAUCGAUUUGUUUAAUUCCUUUCCUUGUACGUCGUCGUACAUGAACGUGUCAGUGACGUUGGUUUGUGAUGGAUAUUACGACUGCGAUAAUUACGAAGACGAAUCAUUGUGCGAAUAUCCCGCAAGCUUUCUACAAAAAGGUGAGUCAUAUUUUAUCUACACACACAACACAACGCGCAGACGAUCAUACGAUACUCACCUUUUGCAAACGGAUGCUACGAAUGGAUUUCAAAUUAUAUUCAGGGAUUUAUAUCUCUAUUAUGACGAACAAAUCCAGAUAGGGAAAGGUACUGAUCCGUCUGAUCUACAGUCUGUCAUCACAACCAUCGAUGGAUAUAGACAUUGCUGUCCCAGUGAUGUUUACGUAGAGAGCAGUGAUAUGUGGAUUGUGAUCAUAGGAGGCAUGGAAUACUACAACCUUGAAGUAUAUGCUGAGAUAAUAUCUACUGAUCUUUCCACUUUAUAUAGAUGUUCGAUUUCUGACAAAUUUGUUCCAACAUCGGCCCUUUGCGAUGGAUUUUACCACUGUGAUCAUUUUGAGGAUGAAUUAGCGUGCAAUCACUCAGCAAGGUUUUUAGCCUCUGGCCAGUCUACUUUCAUCACCCCUUAUUUCGUGGACAGCGGGCAUUUUGGUAUAUCUGUUCUAAGCACAAACGCGACUGCAAUAUUUCGACUCGAGUUCCAAGAGGAUCAUCGUCAAAACAGUGAGGAAACAAUACUAAUAGGAACCGGAAAUGACGUCAAAUCGGCCAUUAGAACAUUCCAUGGACAUACUCCAUACCAUCAUGAUAUAUACCUAGGAUCAAAUGUGAUUUGGAUUGCUAUUGUUGGUCAUAAGGACUACAACUACUACGGGAACUAUUAUGACUCUUAUGAGGGUUACGACUCAUAUGACUAUAGUUAUGACAAUAGUGACAUCAAUCUCAAGGUCACUGCAAUUGACAGGUCCAAUCUACAGGAAUGCGGAAUGACUGGCCUGUCUUUCUCAAGUAAUGACCGAUGCGAUGAAGUAUUUACGUGUCCAGACUUUGCCGAUGAAGAAGAGUGCAGUCAUCCAUCCAUUUUUCUCCUUGAAAACGAAAGUUACACAAUAGCCUUUUCCGAUAUCAAAGCAGAGUCCUACAAUGUAUCACUUUUCAUGGCAAAUGCUUCAAAUGGAUUUCGAAUAAGGUUUUUGGAUAUCUACCUUGAUUGCUAUAAUUACUAUAGUUAUAGAGAAUGCGACGAUAUCAUUCAGAUAGGCACCGGAUAUGGUAAUGCUAACAGCCGAUCGAUCGUGAAAACGCUUCGUGCUUUUACUUCUUCCGAGGACGAUGUUCAUGUGGAUUCCAGUGAGAUGUGGAUAUCAAUCAGCGGUAUUUGGAGAUAUGGCUCAAACUACUUUUACAGCCAUGGCGAGAUUGAAGUGGGCACUGUCAGAAUGAAUAGUACGUAUCGGAGGUUUAAUAAGCAUUGACAAUUGGCAAAUUUCACAAGAAAAACUGAACAGUCAAAGUCAAUGAAUAUUUUGUUUUACGAUAUUCUUUUCACUAUUUCAGGAUUGUAAUAUAUUACACAUCAGCUAUGAAAAGAUUUACAUGAUAUAAGAAUUGUAGAAGGGGAGGGGGCUACAAAAACAAGGGCUAGAAUUUAGGAAAUAAAUAAUUGU